AUGGCUUCAUCUGAAGAACCUGUGCACCCGUUGCGCAUCUCCAAGGGUAGCAGCACUCCGGGAUCGCCCCCUGCCGCCAAAGCGAACACGGGCAUCCCUCGUCCCCUUUCAGAGCUUUCUCCUUCGGACCACAGAAGGAACUCGCCCAGCUGGAAGCAACCAUCCAAGAAAAUGACUCUCAACACCGACUCCUCCCCAUUCCAGUCGUCCCCGCUGGAGACCACCACAUCGCCCAGGCUCUUCUGGCAGAAGCGCAACCUCGACUCCAUCAGCACAGAGAACAGCGGUUUGUACGGCGGACGCCACGGCUCGCCUUCGCCCACUCGCCGCACCUCCAUCGAGCGCCUACAGAGGGCUUCUCGCGUCAAGAAUAGCAACAUCCUCGCCCUCGAGCAGAAGCAGGAAUACGACCCUGCCAGAGUGCCCCAAGUCGAGCGCCCUCUAGCUAAGCAUCAGGGGAGCUCGUUCGACGGAACAACAACCAUCAUCAAUGGCCUCCGAUCCUCCGAUUCUCUGAACAGAGGCAUCGGUCACCAGCGCAACAACAGCAAGUCGAACAUCCCCAUCUACAGCCCGGCCCCGAGCCCGACCAAGACCGCCACACCAAUGCAGGCCACCCCUUCCAACCCGCCUCGCAGCCCCGGCAAGGAGCAGGGCUCGUCUCCGAUCAAGUCGUCCCUCUCUAGGAGCAAUUUCAAGAGCAGUUUCGACCCCGAGACCGGUACCUGGUCGGCCGAUACCUCGUUUGAUGACCGCGAGCUUCCUUCCGGCAAGUCACUUCACCGACACGCCAAGAGUGUCACCUUUGAUGCCGCCCCCCCUCAGAUCAACGAGUAUGAGAUGGCCACUCCGGACAUUUCCUCCAUCGGAUCCAACUCGCGCGAAGGCAGCUUCGAGUCCAUGGAGGACGAGGACGAAGAGGACGGCCACUAUCACUUUGGAGACCACGACAUGGAGGGCGAUAGCUUUGACGCGUCGCUGGAAGACACGGACAAGACGCCAGUCGUUGGCCCCGACGACUGGAGACAGUCCGCCGAGCGCAUGGAGGACCCGUUCGAGGGAAGCCCGAUGCCCGAUGCUCUUCCCCCGCGUCUUGGUCGCCCAGAACACACGCGAUCCGACUCUUCCGCCUCGGACCACCGGCCCCUGCCCCCUCUUCCUGGCAUGAGCUCUCCCGCUCGCAGCGAGUCCCGCUCCUCGCCGGGUCUAUCUGCCACCGCGGAGAGGAUGAUUGGCGCUCAUCGCAGCCUGCCGUCGCCUCCGCCGGCGGCCACGAGCAAGACUGAGAUCCAGAGCAUCGGCAACGGCAAGAUGACUCUCGAGGAGAGAUUGAAGCUCAUGAUGCUCUCGGAUGACCACAAGUCCGCCAACGAGCAGCAGAGAGAGCGCCGCCUUCGUCGGGGCACCCAGCGCGACAGAAUCCAGAGCCCUGCCUCAGAUUCCGAGACGGCCGAGUCAAGCAUGCUCUCCCUCGAGGCCGACGAGGCUGAUGAUACCAUUGGCGACAUCUCAGCCCUCGAGGACUACGAACUGCCUACUCGAAUUUCUCGCGAGUCCAUCAUGCGCCGCGUCAACGGUGGCAACGAUGAUCAAGGAGUCGACUAUUUCUCGUCGCCGGCGGCCAGCUCGAGUCCUGAGCGGCCGAGCCCUGAGCGCCGCCUUCCUCUGCCUCUCGACCCGGACGUUCCCAUACCUUCCACUGAAGACUCGAUUCUGGAUGAUGUCUCCGAGCUCAGCGACGAGGGCAGCGUCAUCAUCCACCGCGACGAGGCCUCAGAUGCCGAGACCGAGUCCAUCACAGACCUCUACGCGCGGUCUGACAUUGACGAGAACGACGCGGAUUCUGCCAGCCACUAUUCGGAUGGACCGGCUCGCGUGCCCGAGGUCACACAUGUCGGCGACAAGGAGGUCCUCACCCCCCGUGCUGCGAGCCCGGUCUACCAGUCCUUCGACAUGGCAUCGGAGAUACGACCUUUGGAGCUCAAGUCAGACAAGGCUGGCAACGUGUCCGACCAGGAGGCCGACACCGCCGCCGAUGCUUCCGUCAAGGAACCCACGCCGGAGCCCGAGGUCACGCAGAUUUUCGAGCCAGAGGCUGAUUCCGAGGCCGAGUCUAUGAUCGAACCCGAGGCCGCGAAAGAGUCAUCGCCACACGUGGACGCUGCUACGUCUCUCGACACUCCACCUGGGCGCAAGCACAGCCUUCCCGAACUGAAGGAUGACGGCAAGGACAACGAGUUUUCCAAGGGUCUGCAGUCGUUCAUGUUGCCGCCGCCUCCGGAGCCUUCCGCACAAGAGGUGGAGGAGCUCCAGCCGCCGCCCAAGAUGACGGAUAUGCAGGCUCAAAUGCAGCGGCCCUCCACUCCCAAGCAUCUCUCCAAGCCCGACUACGAUGGCUCUGGAUGGGGCGACCCGGAGGAUGAAUAUGAUGAGGAGCCCGGUACGCCCGAAUCCGUUAUUCAUCGUCCGAUGUCCUCCGACGAGGAAGAGGAGUCGGAGAUCUUUGACGAGCCGCCCAUGGAGUCGCCCGCGAUCCCCGAGCGACAAGCAACCAUCAAAGCCUCUGGUUCCAAGUUGAAGACGAGACCAUCUAACACGCCUUCUGACAUCAUUGCCAUGAGAGAAGCCCGGCGCCAAGUUAGUCGCGAGGUGCCUGACAUUCCAGCCAUUCCCGAGCGCCACCGCAACAGACUCUCGAGGGAUCUACAGGGAGAGCCCACCAUCCCCGAUGAAGACCUGGUGAUGAAGCGCCACUCGAGCUUCAACAAGCGCAGCCUGACAUUGGAUCUUGACUUUGGCCUCAGUCUCGAUCAGGAUUUCGACCGGGUUAUUGAGGCACAAAAGGUUGCUUUUUCUCAACAAGUACAUGAUUCUUCUCAUAUCGCGAGUGGGGGCCCGAGCAGACAAGCGUCCAGGCCGGCUGUCGCCACGAGCAAAGUCAAAGUCGAUCAAGCAGGAGCGAGGUCACUGAAUGCUAACACGAAGAACCAGCGCGGUUAUCUCAUGCGACAAAACACAAAGGUCGUCACGGCGAGCGACAAGGAAUCCUCCGACAUGUGGAAGACUCGAUCAGCCGGCAACUCCCCGGUCAAGGCGGAACGUCCUCAAUCGUGGACAGUCGAGCCCUGGAAUGGUAGGCCCAGGCAGAAGAGCGUCAGGCGCCGUCCCCAGACCAGCGGGCCGGUUCCGCCUAUGCCCGGCCAGGAGAGCAACGCACAACCUCUCAACCCCUUGGCCGAGGAGGACCUGAAUCCUGAACUGGCCACCGAGGAGAGCGGCGAGCGCGGCCGUCUCUUCGUCAAGGUUCUUGGAGUCAAGGACCUCGACCUUCCCAUCCCCAGAAACGAGCGCACCUGGUUUAGCCUUACUCUCGACAACGGCGUUCAUUGUGUGACGACGGCCUGGCUCGAGCUGGCGCGCAACGCGCCCGUUGGCCAGGAGUUUGAGCUUGUCGUGCCGAACGACUUGGAGUUUCAGCUCACUCUCAACGUCAAGCUAGAGAAGCCCCUGCCCAAGAAGGUCAUCGUGCAAUCUCCUACUAAGGCUAGCAAGCCCAAGACGUCUACCUUUAGCAGGGUGUUCGCGUCACCCAAGAAGCGCAAGGAGAUGGAGAUGCGCCAGCGUGAGGAGGAAGAGCGCCUGGCGGCUGAGCAGCAGAAGGCAGCGCAGGCCAGGCAGAUGAAGGUUGCGCCCACGGCCUGGGACCUGCUGUCCCCGCUCGCGGCGGAGGACGGCAGCUUCGCUCGUUCCUACGUGUGCCUCAAGGAGCACGAGUCGCGCUGCUAUGGCCGUCCAUACGUUGUUGACGUGGCCUGCUUCAACGAGUGGGCGACGGAAGAGGCCGCUUUCGCGUCGAGCGUCAAGAGCAAGCGUGGCAACACGGCCGUUGUUCGCCGUGCCCCGUACAAGAUUGGCAAGCUGGAGCUCCAGUUGCUGUUCGUUCCUCGUCCUAAGGGAUCCGCCGAGGAGGACAUGCCCAAGAGCAUGAACUCCUGCAUCAGAGAGCUCAAGGCCGCCGAGGAGCGCCUCGCGAAGAACUGGGAGGGCCACUUGAGCCAGCAGGGCGGCGACUGCCCGUACUGGCGUCGACGAUACUUCAAGCUCGUCGGUCACAAGCUCACAGCCUACCACGAGGCCACUCGUCAACCCCGUGCCACGAUCAACCUGGCCAAUGCCAAGCGUCUCAUCGACGACCGACGUGCGCUGACGGAGAAGGAGACGACCGGCAAGGGCGGCCGGCGUCGGCGAUCUGCGUUUGCCGAAGAGGAAGAAGGUUACAUGUUCGUCGAGGAGGGAUUCCGUAUCCGCUUCAACAACGGCGAGACGAUCGACUUCUAUGCCGAUACGGCCGAGGACAAGGCCGGCUGGCUGCAGGCUCUUACCGAUCUCGUCGGCCGUGGCGACAGCGACGACGAGGUCAGCGGGCCUCGCAAGCCGGGCAAGUGGCACGACGGCGUUUGGGCAUUGCUUUGGAUGGCGGCGGAGGAAGAUCCUGAGAUUGUGUGGGGUGGUGGAUUUCUAGGAGCAGCAGAAGCGGCAGCAGCAGCAGCAGCAACCACCCACGAGCGGAAGCACCCACCUCAUCUUGCCGCUAAGCCGAAAUGCAUGGGACACCAACUUGGUGAAGGUAAAGGGUUCUCCGAGACAAUUGAUUGGGUCGAGACUGGGGCCAACCCCGACUAUCUCUCGGUCAAUUGGGAAGCUGGCGGCGGCGGCGCCUUCGCCGUCAUCCCUCUCGGCGAGACGGGCAAGGUCCCCGAUCAAAUCCCGCUGUUUCGCGGCCAUACUGCCACCGUCCUGGAUACCGACUGGAACCCCUUCAACGACCGCGUCAUCGCAUCCGGUUCCGAGGAUGGGAAGGUCUUCAUCUGGCAGGUCCCUGAGAACUUCACUCUCUACACGGAUGCCGAGGAACCCGCCGACGUCUCUCCCGUCGGCAAGCUCGCCGGCCACUCGAGAAAGGUUGGCCAGGUCCAGUUCAACCCCGCUGCCGAGAACAUCCUUGCGUCCGCGUCCGGCGACUUCACGAUCAAGCUGUGGGACAUCAACAGCGGCUCGUCCACCCACACCCUGAAGCACAACGACAUUGUGCAGAGCCUGUCGUGGAACGCCAGUGGUUCGAUGCUGGUGACGACGUCUCGCGACAAGAAGAUCCGCGUGUGGGAUGUACGCGCCGAGAAGCCAGUCCACGAGGCCCCUGGCCACCCAGGCGCCAAGAACAGCAGAGCCGUGUGGAUGGGCGAGCACAACCGUUUCGCCACCGCCGGUUUCUCGCGCAUGAGUGAGCGUCAGCUCGCCCUGUGGGAGCCCGGUCGCAAUGAGCCCAUUGGAGGCUUCUCCAUGCUGGAUUCGAUCUCGGGUGUCAUUAUGCCUUUCUGGGACGACGGAUCCAACUGCUUGUAUCUUGCCGGCAAGGGUGACGGCAACAUCCGCUACUACGAGUACGAAAACGACAAGUUCGAGUACCUGAGCGAGUACAAGUCCGCCGAGCCCCAGAGAGGCAUUGCCUUCGUUCCCCGCCGCGGCAUUAACGUGCACGAGAACGAGGUCAUGAGAGCUUACAAGACGGUCAACGAUACCUACAUCGAGCCCAUCUCCUUCACCGUCCCCCGGAGAGCCGAGACCUUCCAGUCCGACAUCUUCCCCCCCGCUUCUGGUCUCAAGCCUGCCGUCAGCGCCAAGGAGUGGCUCGAGGGCAAGGAGGGCAUUCCCACCAAGAUCGACCUCGAAAGCGUGUAUGAGGGUACUGCUCCCAAGGAGGUUGCCUCUGACUACAAGCCCCCUGUGAUUGCCUCUGCUCCCACGCCAGCUGCCAAGCCUGCGCCGAAGCCCGCUCCUGCUCCAGAGCCUACCCCGGUUGCGCGCUCGCCGCCGCCUUCGAUGAAGGAGCAGCAGGCCUCCAUCUCCAGCAUGGCGUCCAAGUUCAAGGACAACGAGCCUGCUGAGCUGGAGGAUGACGAUGAUGACAACUCUAGCUUCGAGGAGGUGCAGAGACCAGCUCAGCGCGCUGCUGCUCCUGCGGCUGCCUCUGUUCCUGUCCGUGUUGAGCCCGCCAAGAUCCCUCCCCCUAUCAAGGCUGUCUCCCCCCCUCAGAUCAAGUCGCCUCCCGCCCAGCAGUCGCCUGUUAAGCCAGCAUCGGCCAACUCGCCUGCAUCCUCGACACACAUCGAGUCGUCCCUGGAUCAGAUUAGACAGAUGCUUGAGCAGCAGACCAAGCUCAUCAACAAGCAGAAUGACAAAAUUAGCCAGCUUUCAGCUGAAGUUGAGGGGCUGAAGCGCAAGGUGAACGCCGGAGGGUCGCAGGAUCAGAGCGAGAGGAUCAGACAGUUGGAGCUUGAGCUUGAAGCUGCACGCUCUUGA